GGUACCGAACCUGUCAGAACCCGCCGGUUCUACACGACUCCAUCAGAACCUCUCAUCCUGAGGAGCUGCAGCCCGCCCCUCCCUCUGACCCUUCAUCACCUCCUCCUCUUCCUCCUCUCAGGCUGCGUCCUCCAGAACAUCAGCGGAUCGCAGCAGAACCUCCGCGGCUCUGAGAGCGUCUCGGUUCCGUUUGUCCGGAACCAGCGCGUCUGAAAGGAGGAGGAGGCGCUCAGCCCGGUUCCGUCCCGGUUCCGCUCCGGUUCUCCUCCACGCAUCAUCUCCAGUCGUGACGCUUCUGUUUCGGAUUCCGCAGCGGAACCGAACCGGGUCCGGUUCUCCGUCGGUUGUAGAAGGUUCGCAUUGGAAUUGGACCGGGUUCCGUGGACAGCAGGGGGACCAUGACCGCCACCAAGGAGCAGCAGAACCAGAGACCGAACCAGCCGCAGCAGGAUGAGGACCUGGGUGCGGUCAGCCCUCCUCAGAGGAACUGGAAAGGCAUCGCUAUCGCUCUACUGGUCAUACUGGUGGUCUGCUCCCUCAUCACCAUGUCCGUCAUCCUGCUCAGCCCAGUCGAUAGCCAAGCCGGCAGCGACACCAAGCUGACCGUGGAGGAUCUGUUCAGACCAGAGUUCAGAGUGCACGACCCGGAGGCCCGAUGGAUCAAUGAUUCUGAAGUCAUCUACAGGAACAGCAACGGUCAUGUCAUCAAGUUCAACCUUCUCACCAAUGAGACCGAGAUCAUCCUCCCAAACACAACAUUUGUGAAUUUCAACGUGGCAAAGUUUUCUUUGUCUCCAGAUAUGAAGUAUGUUUUGUUCGCCUAUGAAGUGAAGCAGGUUUACCGCCACUCCUUCAUGGCGUCCUACAGCAUCUACAACAUCCACACACGGGAGGUGUGGGAGCUGGACCCUCCGGAGGUGGUGAACUCGGUGCUGCAGUACGCUUCGUGGGGCGUCUCCGGACAGCAGCUGAUCUACAUAUUUGAAAACAACAUCUACUACAGAUCUCAUGUGAAGAGCAACUCUCUGCGGCUAACGUCUUCAGGAAAGGAAGGAGUCAUCUUCAACGGAAUCGCCGACUGGCUCUAUGAAGAGGAGAUCCUGCAGAGCCAUGUGGCCCACUGGUGGUCUCCAGACGGGGAGCGGCUGGCCUUCCUGGUGCUCAACGACUCUCUGGUCCCCAGCAUGGUCCUGCCGCGCUUCACCGGCGCCACAUACCCCAAACAGAAGCAGUACCCCUACCCCAAGGCGGGCCAGCCCAACCCGACCGUCAGGCUGUUCGUGGUCAACAUCUACGGGCCGACCCACACGCUGGAGCUGAUGCCUCCGGAGGCACUAAGACUGCGGGAGCAUUAUGUGAGCAUGGUGAAGUGGAUCAGUAAGACCCGGACGGCGGUGCGCUGGCUGAACCGGGCCCAGAACGUCUCCAUCCUGACGGUGUGUGACACCACCACCGGCGCCUGCGUCACGAGACAUGAAGAAAGCUCGGAGCUGUGGCUGUCUAGGCAGAACCAGCAGCCCGUGUUCUCCAGGAACGGGUCCCGGUUCUUUCUGACCGUCCCGGUGAAGCAGGGCGGACGGGGCGAGUUCCACCACAUCGCCAUGUUCACCACGCAGCUCAGGGCGGAUCAGAACGAGGUCCGACACCUGACCUCUGGGAACUGGGAGGUGACCCAGAUCCUGGCCUACGAUGAGCCCAACCAGAACCUUUACUUCCUGAGUACUGAAGGGUCGCCCCGGCAACGGCAGCUCUACAGCGUUAAAACGGUGGGUCUGUUUCCACGGCGAUGCCUGACCUGUGACCUUCACAGAACCAACUGCCUGUACUUCAGCGCCGACCUCAGUCCGUCCAACCAGAAUCUGCUGCUGCACUGCCAAGGUCCUGAAGCUCCCACUGUGAUCCUCCACAGCCUCAAUAACUCCAAUUACUAUAUCCUGGAGAACAACUCAGUGCUGAAGGCGGUUUUGAAGUACAAACGGAUCCAGAAGAAGGAGUACCACACCAUCCGGGUCGAGCCUUUUGAUUUCCCUCUGCAGAUCUGUUUCCCUCCAGAUUUCUCUCCGUUGCGUCAGUACGGCCUGCUGCUGGUCAUUGACAGCGCCCCCGGUGGCCAGACGGUGAGCGAGCGCUUCUCCCUGGGCUGGGACUCGGUGCUGGUCAGCUCGGACGGCGUCAUCGUGGCCCGGCUGGACGGCCGGGGCAGCGGCUUCCAGGGCCAGCGGAUCCUGCAUGAGGUGCACCAGAAGCUGGGCACGGUGGACGUCCAGGACCAGAUCGCGGCGCUGGAGUACAUGAUGAAGUUCUCCUACAUUGAUCGUUCGCGCAUCGCCGUGUUUGGACAGGGCUACGGCGGCUACCUGGCGCUGAUGAUGCUGAAGUCAACAGAUAGCCUGGUGAAAUGCGCCGCCGCCAUGUCGCCUGUUACCGACUGGAGGCUCUACGCGUCAGCCUUCUCAGAGCGCUACCUGGGCCUGCCGGUACGGGACGACAGCAGAUACCAGGUGUCCAGCCUGCUGCAGAGCGUCCAGGCGCUCCGAGAGCAGACGCUGCUGUUGCUGCACGCCACAGCAGACGCAAACAUUCACUUCCAGCAUUCAGCUGAGCUGGUCAAGAGCCUGGUGAAGGUGGGAGCCAACUACUCCAUGCAGAUCUACCCAGAUGAAGGUCACUUCCUGUCGGCGCCGAGCCGCCAGCACCUCUUCGCGUCGCUGAGCGGUUUCUACAGGGAGUGUCUGAAGGAGGAGCUGCUGCCGCUGCCCGACGAAGACGAGGAAGAGGAGGAGUGACAGCUGCCGGUUCUCCGCCUGGACUCAGCCUGCGGAGCUGCUCGGCCUGAACGAGCGCUUUGUUGUGUGAAUGUAUAAAUAUGUGGACAUGAAGGACAGCGGGACGCCGCGGGGACGGCAGGGGGCGUCCUCGCCUCUAGCAUCAACUUCUUCUUCUGGAUCGCUCACGAUCCCAGCUAAGCACACGGAGAACUUCCUACGUUUGUUCCAGGUUCUUCAGACUGCAGCCCUCCACACCGAACACGUGCACCACCGCCACAAUGGUCUCCAUGGAGACGGCGACACCGCCAUGAUGGAGCUCCACCUGACACCAACACCGUAAACCGACGGGAGCAACGCACUGCACUGAUAAAGAAACAACGUCCUGUUAGCAUCCAGUUAGCAUCAGCUGUUAGCAUUAGCUGUUAGUGUCAACUAUUAGCAUCAGCUGUUAGCCUCCAGUUAACCUCCUGUUAGCUUCAGCCCUUAAAGGGACAAUUCUCCUGACAAACUGGGUUUCUGGACCAGUCCAAGUUGUGACCUUCUGACCCUGGAUGUCUGGGAUGAAGAAGCGAAGCUUCAUCUGCAGGUUCUGCUGCAGAACCAGAACCAAAACCAGAACUUUCUCAAUCUGCACCCAUCAGUUGAUGACAUCAGAACUGCAGCUUCAAGACUUUCCAGAAAACCGGCCGAUUUGACCUUUAACCUUCAUUAUUCUGAUAAUCAUCCCACAGUCCAUUUCCUGCAGUGAAGCAGCGAAUCAGAACUGAGUCAGUAGUUACAGUCCAGUUCCAGAACCAAAGGUCCAGUUUGGUUGUCCAGCAGAGAGUUCUGUCAAAAAACAGCAGACUAAAUAAUAUUCAUAACAAUAAUAAUCAGUGGUGGACUCUGCUAGAUAAAACGUUAGCUGCGCUAAUGCUAACGCAGUCGUUGUUUCUGCUAAAAUGCUAAAUUCAAUAGAAAUGAUAUUUUCCCUUAAAAGGGUUAGGGUUAAUUUGGACAUAAUUUAAAUGUUCUGUUAUUGAUAUUGUAUUUGUUUAUAUUUUUGUCCAUUUUAUUUUGUUCCUAUAUGUUUUUUUUUGUUAAAAAAACAUGACAGGAAGCGGAACUGACGUCACCUCCUUCAAAAUAAGAGCAUGAAUGUAAAUGUCUAAAAUUGAUCAAUUAUUAUCAUAAUCAAAAUGUCAACACAGAUGUUGAACUUCAGCUGAAUGUUUCCAAAACAGCCAGAUAAAUUAUCUUAAAAAAUUAAUUCAUUAAAAAGCUCAAAUGCUAAAUAGAAAGUUAGCUCCACUGUUAGCCGAUUAGCUCCAUGUGGUCUGCCUGAAAUCAUAAUAAAACAUACAUAGUGAAAUAUAAUUAUCUACCAAUGUAUUGGAAUUAGACAGCAGACAAAACAAUAAAAAAUAAAACUGUAAUGAAACAUGUAAGUUCCACCUUUUGAGCUUUCCAUCAUAUAAAACACCUGCAGUGUUUCACGAUCGCAGGCUUGCUGCUCUAGAACUGGACCAGUUAAAGUAACGGAUGAUGUUGGAGGACAGCAGCGAGAUUUAAAUCUGGCCUACUUAAAUCUCCAGACUGAGCCGGUUCCAUCUGAACGCGGUCAGCCGUUAGCUUCACUGAGCAAGCACCCGGCGACAGUGGACAGCAACAGGAGGCCACAGCUGUCUGGCUCUGCUUUAAUGUAGGACUGACAGCCAAUCACACGCCAGCUCCUGAAAACCUGAGCACACAUGAACCAAGCUGCUGCUGCAAGGUCAAAGGUCACGUCCAAACAAAUCUGAAAGGAGAUUCAGUUUAUCACUUCUCUUCCAACUCUUUGUAUAUUUGUAAUAAAAAAUAAAAGGUCACGUAUGGGGCGACAUUUGGGCCAAAAUUAAGACAACAGCUCACCCAAGUGUGGCUACUUCCUGUUAGCAUUGGAGAAGGUAACGAUUAGCAUGUCUAGGCGAGUCACGUGCUGAGCUAAACAUUUUUUUGUUUCAGAAAAAACAAAAAAAAUUGUGUUAUUAAAUUUUGGCCCUGAUGGCGCUCCAUACGCUGGAACACGGCAGGUCCAGCUGCUGGUUCUGUCCCAGUAGCUGGACCCAAGACCUGGGUCAGAACCGACUUUAUUUUUAGCUUCGCUAAAUCUUCUUAGCUAACUUUGAAAACGUUUAGCACACUUAGCUUCUGCUAAAUGUGAUAAUUCUGGAUAAAUUAUAAGGCGCCAAUUUACGUUUUGGUUUUUGUAGUAAAAUUAGAGGUCCAGAUGCUGGUUCUGGUUCGGCUGCUGGUUCUGGUCCGGCUGCUGGUUCUGGGCCAGCAGGUUCUGGUCCUGAUUAAUUGGAUAAUCUGCACCUCCUCCGGUUCUCCAGAGGUGGCACUGCAGUCCCUGUUAUCCUGAUAUGAAUGGGAGGUUCGGAUGUAUCUGGUGUGGACCCGUUUGGGUUCUGGCAGGUCCAGGCCGGUUCUGGCUGGUCUGGGCCGGUUCUGCCCGGGUCUGGUCCGGCUGCUGGUUCUGGCCGGUUCUGGCCUGUCUGCCGGUUCUGGCCGGUUCCGGUAGAAGCAGGCUGUGUUCUUCUCUCUGGAUCUUCAGCAGCUCCGCGGGUUGCAUGUCCCUCGCGGGGAGCCGUAGUUUGCACAGAUUCCGCUGUGAUUCUCCUGGAUUCUUGUAAAUUUCUCAUCUUUCCUCUGGGUUCUGGUGGGUUUUCCUCUUAGGACGGGUUUUGUAAUUUUGCUUGUUCGGGUUCUUUUUGCUGUACUGGGUCGGGUCGGGAUGGGAUUAUUGUGAUUGUUCUCUGGUGAUGAUGAUAAAUGAAUAAAAAAUGUAAAGGUUUGGACCUGGUCUGUACUGCUCUACUCCGGGAUCAGAACCAGUUUCCACACCAUGAUGGGAUCGCUGAGCCAAACUGGGAGGAUCCUCCAGUCCUGGUGGCCUAGUCAAAGUCCAGGCCAUGAGUUAGCUGAGAUGCUGCGGUGGGUUCAGGGUUGAUUCUGGUUUGUGUUGCACAGUAAAGCUCCAGGACAUGACAUCAGAGUUCUGUCUGCACGGUGCUGGUCCAUCUUGGACUCAGCCUGAGAAAGUUUGACGGCAGGAAGAACUGGCUCAGAUUCUCUAAAUUACUCCACCGGUUAUUGAUGACUGGAUGAGAUUCAGUAGAGUUUACUAUCACCAACAUUUCUACUAAAAUAAUUUCACUUGUUUGUGAUGACAGAACAGAAUUCACUUUGGAAAUAUUCAAAUGAGUAAAAUUGAAUAUUUAAUCGAUUAUUGAACGACUCCCUGGGAUGUGAAUACUUUCCCAACUGGCUCAGAAACACGUCCAUGGCUUUGAACCAUCAACCUGCAGAAACCAACUGGGAAGUAACUGGAGUCGGACAAAACCAGAAAGAUUUUCCAGUUUAUUUCAGAUUGCUCUUGUCAUAAGCCAACAAGAGCAAGUAAAGCCCAGGGUCAAAGGUCAGCCAAACACUUCCUGUUCCUGUGUUCUGGUGCGAUCAGCCGAAGCCACAAUCCAGAUUAAUUUCUCCUCAGCAGGAAGAACUGUUUGUAUCAUAACUUCCAUCUUUUAUUACAAACAUUUUUCACAUUAUGGGCUUUUAAUCUGAAAAUAGAAACAGAUUACAGGAAAGAACAGGAAACUCCCACCACUCUGGGUCCUUAAACGCAUCAUCCGGCAGCGUGGCGCCGCGUUCUGGUUCCGAUGGUUCGGUCCACAAACAGGAAAAUCUCAGAAUUCCUUCAUUUUCUGCAGCAGGACAUUUCAGAAGGUGGAUCUGUAUUAUCAUUAUUAUUAUAUGGAAAACUGACGAAUUCAAAAAUUGAUCAAAUUUAAUUGAUGUGGAAAGUAUUUCUGCAGCCCAGGGAGACGAAACAACCGAGUUAAAGCUUGAAAGACACCGAACUGUUGAGUCGCUGCAAAAUGCUUUAGUUACAUCAGUGCAUUUAUUUCCAUACCAAAUAAAUCUGAAGCUUUGAACAUAGAUUCAUGUUAUAGCCAGUAAAGUCCAAAAUAAGGCGAAUGUUAUGAUUUAUAAAGUGUUGAUUUUAUAAAUCCAGACUGUCAGAAAUCAUUUGGGAUUUGCCUGAUUUGAACCUGUUAGGAAAAUGUGUCAGAAUCAUUAUUUGAUAUUGUUA